CCACUGCGCCACUACGUAAGACUGGUCGCGACCGCUUGGGACGGGAGCCGCGACUGAUUGAGGAGGUUGAGCAACUACCGGGAAUUCACGUUCGAGUUCAACUCCAACAACGGAUAGGAUUUAAGCAACGUGGCUCGCUGGCUUGACUCAUUGUCGGUCCAAAUCAUUACAUUCACAUCGAUGCUAUUUGCAACCUGUAAAUGAAACUCCUGUCACAACUUGCGCGAGCUCGCAUGUAGCGGUUCUAGGUGCUUUCAGCAUGUCUCUUAUUCAGGUAGAAGAUCUGGUAUCUUACCAAUUACGAACCAGCUACCUCAGUGAGGUGGCGGACGGUGUUGGCGAACGACUGAUCACGUUGAACGACAACUUCCUCAACACAGCCCCUUUCAAAGCCGCUGGAUGGCGCACGAAUCCUGCUCUGAUCAAACGAACCCACUCUCCGCCGAUACCUACUGCUAUCGCGUCAGAAUACUUCCAAGCACCCCCCCGGUCUGGCCUGACCCUCGAAGAUGAUGUCGAAGAGGGAGGAAUGCUCACAGGUGGUGGUACCGAGACCCCCGGGCCUGGCCUGGCCACGAGGCGCAGAAGGGAACGACGCCGAGAGCGCGAGAUGGAGGAGGAUGACAGCAGUGACCUCAGUGAUGAAAGCGACGACGAACCCAGCCACAGGGAGUCCCAACAGUUAAGGUUCGCCAAGAUGCCCGUUCGGAACCGUUCAGGCUCCUCUCCCAUACAAUCCUCGACCUUGCGCCAGAACGCCGGAACUUCGUCCCCAAGGGCUGCCCCUGGCGCUCGGAGAGGUUCCCAAUCUGCCCUAGAAACGGUCAAGGAGAGGGCAAGACGAGACACUGUCACGAGUAGCGAAGUCUCUUCCGACAACGAAUUCGACAAUUCCGCCUACCGCAAGCAUAAAGAGGCUGCCAGGGCUGCCGCCAAGUCUGUAAAACUACAGGCAAAAAUUGCAGAAGAGCCAACCCACGGAGUGAACAGGAUUCAAAGCGAACCAUUGGCGGAAGAAGAGGACGACUCGGACCUCUCUGAUGCUUCGUCUUUUGUCGAGAGUGUAGACUCCGCUUCCAUCCUGCCCGAUGUCGAGAAUCCUGCCUUGCCCUCUGAACCCGGAAAGCAGGUUGUUGGAACGCCACCGAAGCAACUACUACGUCAGUCCACCGUACGGAAGCCUCCAUCGCAUCCCCAGCCGUCCCUGCGAAUGGCUCUGCCACCGCCAAGACCCAUGAGCACUAUCCGGCCAUUGAGUAUGAUGCAACCUAGGAGUCUCUUGUCUGAUGCCUUCAAGGCCAAGAACACGAAGCCCGCCAUGCCUUUCGAGAAAUUUGCUACUCUUUCUGGUCAAGGUGACCCAGAUCCAUUUUCCAUCCGUAUCUACGCUCCAUUUUCCAAGACGUCCUCCAAACCAUUUGAGGUUCCUAUUCGAAAGAACAUACAAGACGAGGAUGGAAGCUUCAGAGCCGUCACUGUUGCAGAGCUCAUAGGCCUGAGCCUUUGGAGAUACCAUGAGGAGAAGUUAGAGCCUCCUAUUCCCAGUGACAAGCUAAACGUUAAUUGGUGGACGCUGCGCAUGGUUGAUGGAGACGAGGUUGACGAUGAUUUCCCACCCUUGGAAAGGAAGAAGCCGGUCAAUGCCUUCACCACGGCCAACAACCGGGCCGCCAGGUCUCGAGGUAAGAAGAUGUAUGAUGACUUUGGCCUAGUGCAAGCCUCCGCGGAUGGGUUCCAAGAGAACCAGAAAUUGACACCUCAAUUUGUCCAACAGGAGGUAGUGGUGGAAAGCACAAACGAAGAGGAUACACCAAAAAACACACCGCAGCCACAACCGCCCCUUCCAAUGCCCUUUGGUCCACGGCCCAACCCAAUCACCAAUACAACUUUCCGCGUCGAGACCGCGCAUGCAGACAAGCCACCUGCGCCAGCACCCGCUGCAGUACCAGCAAGCAGAGGUCAGCAAAAGCUUCUUCGGAUCCAUAUCAUGUCUUCAGAUGUUGCGCCGGGUCAGAUGGUCACUCUGGAUGUUACUACCGAUACCUAUCUCGCAGAAGUGCUUGAUUUGGUUUGCAACAAGAGACAGCUGGACAAGAACACGCACGUGCUCAAACUUCCGGGUUCGGGUGCUGUGGUUUUCGUUGAUCGCUCCGUUUCGUCUAUUGGUAAUGUGACAGACUUGGAAUUGCAUCGUAGACGCUUUGCCACUGACGGUCCUUUGACAAUUACCGGCUCACCAAUCGGCUCCUCGCCAAAGGCCCAUGUUUGGGACAACGCUCUUGCUCAGAAAAAGAAGAAGGACAAGGGUGUCGCUCCUCACCCACUGGCCCAGGAGGCCAUGAAAUUCGAUGAGGUCGGAAGCAGUGAUGUCAGUCUCAAAAAGUACGUGGUAUGGAAGAAGCAGACCAUGCGAUUUGUCGGCAAUGAGCGUCUGAUAACCAUCGACGGAGAGUAUGUCUAUAUUCAGCCAUCGUCCGGGGGAAAGCCAACCCGCGAAAGCGGUAAGACCACGAGUGUACAUUUCAGCAACAUUCUUAACUGCAGCACCUCACGCAAACAUCCUGGAACAUUCAAGCUAUACGUCUUCAGAGACAAUGCCCCCAAAAGAACAGACUACGAAGCGAAGAGUGCACAAGAAGCGUCCGAGAUCGUGACUGAAAUCAAGAAGGGGUUUGCGCCAUAUAAUAAGGACUAAUCGGCAUAUAUCGUUACGUUCAUGUGUGAUGUCAACGCCAGCUCAGAGGAUUGGUUCAAACGCGACCCAGCACGAUAAGCCGUCAAAUCAAGAAAAAUAAGUAUGCGCUUUUGAGCCAAUCGAGAUGGCCUGGUCCAGCCAAAUUGACGCUGAACCCAUCUGGGCAGCUGCUGCACUGGACCCCUGUCUGAA